AUGGAUUCAACAUUCACAAAAGAGGACGGCGAGGAGACACAAGUGAUCGAUGACGUGGCGAAUGAAGUCGUCGUUCCGUCAGAAGUCGUUCCGAUUCAGAAGACGGAACAGCAGAAAAUGCAACAGUUCUUUAUGGGAUUCUCGAGAGCCGAGAUUAUUGUGAUGAAGCACACGGUGAAAUAUCUCACUGAGACUAUGGAGAGAUUGUUGUACUCUAAUGACCAAAAAAGGCCAGUGAAUGCAGUGAAAUAUCUCACUGAGACUAUGGAGAGAUUGUUGUAUUCUAAUGAAUUCGAGGUCCGCCGCUGUGCGACCGGAGAGAUUGUCUCCCAAGGUCGUUGCCACGUGAACGGAGCAAUGAACGGAAAUGGGGGCGGAGCUUCGGAUGAAGAAGUUCAAAAACUACUAAAAGAGAGAGACGCAGCACGUUCGGAAGCUGAGAAAUUGCAUGCGAACUAUGCGACACUAUACGCUGCGUAUAAUCAAGUGAGAGAGGCGGCGAACGAUAUUCGAACGGAAUUCGAGGAUGCCCGCGAGAAAUUGAAAUUGGCGACUGCCGAGAUUGACGAGUGGCAAGUCAAGUUUAUGUCCAUCAAGGAGAAUGCGACCAACGAGUUGGAGAGAGCGUCUCGAGAAUACGAAGACUUGGUGCAGAAUCACGAGGAAAAUGUGAAGGGACUCCGGCUUCGCGCGAAACGACACGCCAUCGAGUUGAGCAGUAAAAAUGAGGAAAUCGAUGUGUUGAAGAAACGAGUCGAAGAGCUCUCGGCGAUUUGUGAUCAAUUGAUUGAAGACGUCGAUUUGAGUGAUCAGAUGUCUGCUGUCUCCAUGGAUGCUUAA